UCGCAAUGCAGCCUGUCAGGCUGUACUGAGGGAAUAUUAGCUUCCUACGUCCAGGCGUCAUCACAGUAGGAAGCAGGAUAUAAACACGACGAGGGCAAAGUCUUGUGAGUCGACGGAGUGUUUCGAGAUCCAAGAUGACUCAGGUAAGCCAUCAGCCGUGGGGAGAGGUGUCCGGUGUGGGCAGCGUGGACCUGUGGGUUCUUCAGUCUGCUAACGUGCGAGUGGAGGUCCUGACCCUGGGUGCCAUCAUCAGGGCUGUGUGCUGCAGAGGGAGCAAUGGUCAAAUGGAGGAUGUAGUCCUGGGCUAUGAUGACCUGGAAGGUUAUGCGUCAGAUAAGCGGUAUAUGGGUGCUGUGGUAGGCCGUGUGGCCAACAGGAUUGCAGGCGGACGCUUUGUAGUGGAAGGAAAGGAAUAUCAACUAGAUAUCAACAAUGGACCAAAUGCUCUGCAUGGAGGUCUGAAGGGCUUCAAUAAGGCAAUCUGGCUUGCUACAGCAGUAGAGGAUGGUGUGCAGCUGAGUCUUACCAGUCCAGAUGGAGACCAGGGUUAUCCUGGAGAAGUUAAGGCCUCUGUGUCUUACACCUUACAGGGGGAAACACUAACUGCUGAAUACCAAGCCUCGUCUACCAAAACUACCCCCAUCAACCUCACUAAUCACUCCUACUUCAACCUGGCUGGACAGGUCCACGAUGUUUCAAAUAUCUACGACCAUCAGGUGUCCAUCAGUGCACAGUCCUACCUGCCUGUGGACGACACAUCGAUUCCUACUGGAGAGAUCAGAGUGGUGGAAGGCACACCCUUUGAUCUCAGACAGCAAACUCUGAUUGGACCUCGGCUGAAGGAGCUUCCAGGUCUGGGGUUUGACCACAACUUCUGUCUGUCAGGACCCAAAGAUCCCUGGACAGUGAGACCUGCAGCCAGAGUCUGUCACCCAGCAAGUGGGCGUGUCUUGGAGGUUUCUACCAGCCAACCAGGAGUCCAGUUCUACACUGCUAAUGUCCUGGAUGGCUCUAUCAUAGGAAAGGGUGGUUCUAGGUACGGGAAGCACUGCUCCUUUUGUCUAGAGACACAGAACUGGCCUGAUGCUGUCAACCAGGCCUCAUUUCCUGAAUGCCUCCUUCGUCCUGGUGAGGUUUACCGACACGUCACUCGCUUCACGUUCACCACUGUCUGAUCUGGCUGUUAUCAGGAUUGAGGAGAAGAGAACUGGGUGUUUUUGAGUAGAAGAUUUAACUGAUGAAAGUUAAUUGAUUAUAUUUGUGAAUAUCAUGUGUAAUAGUUUACAGUAUAAUGAUGUAGCAUAACUUCAGCAAACAGUGCCUUUUUUUAGUCAGAGGUUAGCCUAGUUUAUGCCUGUGUAAUUUAAUGUAGAUUGUUAUUUUUGCUACACCUGUGCUAUGAUAGGAUUUACAGGAUGAUACAGCCUGUUUAUGUGAGGUGUGGGACAGCAACAAGAUAAUCUAACUUGACCAAACAUUCCUAUUUCUGUGAUUUAUGAUCAUAUGUGUUACUUCCUAUAUUAAACACAGAACUGAUGAAGCGCUCAUA